ACCUGUUUGAAACAGAAAGAAGACUCUCAACUAGAAAGUAAUAAUCUCCCUUCCUUCUCAGCCAAAUGGAAAGCCCUUGGUCUUGCUUCCUAAUCACAAGUCGGCCUCAUUGGAACAUAAGCACCAAAGUUCAAUUGGCGGAGUUGGCGGAAGGGGAAUGUGCAGAAAUGCUGCCAAUGGACUUUGUCUCUCAUGCUCUCCGGAGAAGCACCUCCUCUCACAGACCUCGCAAAAGGAGCAACGAAAAGUGAAUAGUUUGCAGAUCCGAAGGUGCAAGACUCCGCUUGUUUCCGUGGUGUGUUUUCGGUGUUCCCCAAAAGCAAAGAUCUCCAAAGAGCAGAGAUUGUCCCGCUGAGCAGGAAACAUGAACGUGGAAGAGUAUUUCGCGAGAACCGGCUACAAAGGCUCCCUGGAAAAGCUCGAUCUGGAAACGCUGAGGGCCAUCUUCCAGCACCACAUCCGGGCCGUUCCCUUUGAAAACCUGAGCGUCCACUGCGGGGAGACCAUCACGCUGGACCUGGAGGACGUCUACGAGAAGAUCGUGCGCAAGAGGCGGGGUGGGUGGUGCAUGGAGAACAACCAGCUGCUCCUUUGGGUUCUCCAGACCCUGGGGUUCGACACCACCCCCCUGGGGUCCUAUGUCUACAACCCACAGCAAGGCGAAUACGAGACGGACAUGAACCACCUCAUCAUGAAGGUUGUAAUUGACAGCACAACGUAUAUUGUUGACGGUGGUUACGGCUCCUACUACCAAAUGUGGGAGCCGAUGGAGCUGGUGUCCGGCAAAGACCAGCCUCAAACACCGGGGAUCUUUCGCUUCACGGAAGAGAAGGGGACGUGGUACUUGGAGAAAGUCAGGAGGAAGCAACACGUUCCCGAUCCCGACUUCAGCCAUCUUGUAGGGAAGGUGGGAUGCAGGAACAUCUACUCGUUCAACCUGAAGCCGGUUACGAUGGAGGACUUCCAGCCCCAAUGUUUGAACCUCCAAACGUCCCCCAAUUCCCUGUUUACACGCAAGUCCAUCUGCACCCUCCAGACCGCGGUCGGCUUCCGGGCUCUGGUUGGGUGGACCUUCUCAGAGACCACGUACGGCUAUGAGGAGGACACGGACCUGGUGGAGUUCAAGGCCUUGCGGGACGAGGAGGUGGAGCCGACCCUGCGAGAGGAGUUUGGCAUCUCCUUGGAGAGGAAGCUGGCCUCGAUUAACCUCCCCGGGAACUAUGACGUCUAGCCGGUAGGGUCACGCCUGGCAUGAGAAGGAUGCCUCUCCGUCUAAUGAUUAGCCAAGUGAUAGAUUGAACUCUGGCCCGAGAUCAAAGCUCCCAAACUAGAUCAAGGAUAGGGUGAGGGUGCAUUUCGUCUUCAUGGAAGGAAAUUAGACUGUUUGUCUCAGGUAAGGAAGAUUUUACGCACUUGAAAACAGAGGAACGUGUCAUUCAGAUUUUAUUAAUCCACACUGAUCUGAAUUCGGAAGAGCCAAGAUGGCAUUGCAUACAAAGGUUUCACCACUGGACAAAUACACCACGAGACCAGGUUCAACCAUGAACACCCAUUGGGAAGCCACUCUCUCUCAGCCUCAGAGGGGGGCAAAGACAAACAACCCCCCUCUCAAUAAACACCUGAGAAGCCUGCCUGAGGUUUGUGCCCCAUUCAGAAUAUAAAGCAAAUAAAUCAAUAAAUUAAAUUUGAAGGCACACAGCAGCAACAGCUGAAUGAAGAACAGAACGUGUUCUGAUGCACACCUAAAUCCCAUCUACAGUAGCGUUCUGGUUAUCCAACAUCAAUGGGCGGGCAGAAUUUCAGAUAAUUGAAACUGUCGGAUAAUAGGGAGACCCUUUUAUCCCUACCGGCAAGCCGGGUGCUUGCCGAAGGGAAGAGUCUUGUCCCUCCACCAUGCACCCAUUUAGAGAAGCCCGGUGCGUGUUGCUAGGCAGUAACAUGUACUGGGCUUCUCCAACGUGCCGGGUGCUUGCCAGAGGGAAGAGUCUUGUCCCUCCACCAUGCACCCAUUUAGAGAAGCCCGGUGCGUGUUGCUAGGCAGUAACAUGUACUGGGCUUCUCCAACGUGCCGGGUGCUUGCCAGAGGGAAGAGUCUUGUCCCUCCACCAUGCACCCAUUUUGAGAAGCCCGGUGCGUGUUGCUAGGCAGUAACAUGUACUGGGCUUCUCCAACGUGCCGGGUGCUUGCCAGAGGGAAGAGUCUUGUCCCUCCACCAUGCACCCAUUUAGAGAAGCCCGGUGCGUGUUGCUAGGCAGUAACAUGUACUGGGCUUCUCCAACGUGCCGGGUGCUUGCCAGAGGGAAGAGUCUUGUCCCUCCACCAUGCACCCAUUUUGAGAAGCCCGGUGCGUGUUGCUAGGCAGUAACAUGUACUGGGCUUCUCCAACGUGCCGGGUGCUUGCCAGAGGGAAGAGUCUUGUCCCUCCACCAUGCACCCAUUUAGAGAAGCCCGGUGCGUGUUGCUAGGCAGUAACAUGUACUGGGCUUCUCCAACGUGCCGGGUGCUUGCCAGAGGGAAGAGUCUUGUCCCUCCACCAUGCACCCAUUUAGAGAAGCCCGGUGCGUGUUGCUAGGCAGUAACAUGUACUGGGCUUCUCCAACGUGCCGGGUGCUUGCCAGAGGGAAGAGUCUUGUCCCUCCACCAUGCACCCAUUUAGAGAAGCCCGGUGCGUGUUGCUAGGCAGUAACAUGUACUGGGCUUCUCCAACGUGCCGGGUGCUUGCCAGAGGGAAGAGUCUUGUCCCUCCACCAUGCACCCAUUUAGAGAAGCCCGGUGCGUGUUGCUAGGCAGUAACAUGUACUGGGCUUCUCCAACGUGCCGGGUGCUUGCCAGAGGGAAGAGUCUUGUCCCUCCACCAUGCACCCAUUUAGAGAAGCCCGGUGCGUGUUGCUAGGCAGUAACAUGUACUGGGCUUCUCCAACGUGCCGGGUGCUUGCCAGAGGGAAGAGUCUUGUCCCUCCACCAUGCACCCAUUUAGAGAAGCCCGGUGCGUGUUGCUAGGCAGUAACAUGUACUGGGCUUCUCCAACGUGCCGGGUGCUUGCCAGAGGGAAGAGUCUUGUCCCUCCAGCAAGCACCCUGGGCCAUGUGGGCGAGCACGCUGGAUAAUAUGGUACGUCGGAUAACUGGAAGUUGGAUAACUGGAACUCUACUGUAUCUGUACACAACACGUGCUGUUCCUUUUUGCAGAGGAAGCAACUCUGCAGGUGGAAGAGAGCAUUUCCGCGUGGACUGGCUUCAUUUAGAGGCUGGGAAUGCAGAACACUUUGCAUGGAUGGGAAAUUGCGAGGUUCGCAUGUAUUGACCAGGCCGGGCUUUCAGCUCUUCCAGGUGGAUUUACAAAACAAGCCUGCAUUGCAUGAACUUGGAAUAGUGUUUCCUGCUUCCAUGGGAAUUCAAAUGCACUCAAGGUGUAAGGUCAGCAAAAGAGUUAAUGUGACGCAUCUUCCAUUUUGUGAACAUACUGAGAUUUCUAGUGUCAUAAUUUACUUGAAAAAUAAAAUAAGUUACUUCUG